AGGACGAAUGACGUCACGUGUGAAAAGAGGAGGAAGACAGAAAAGCCGAGAAAUGGCGACUCCAUGAAAUGUCGUCUGGGGGUGAUACUGACCGGACACUACCCAUAUUUUAUUGAUGUAUUUUUGUCGGCUUGUUGGACUUUUGGAACACAACUGAAAGAACAACACAAUAAUUACCAGUCAUGGCUGCAAAUAUGUACAGAGUAGGAGAUUACGUCUAUUUUGAGACAAGUUCCACAACUCCAUACCAAAUUCGACGUAUAGAGGAACUAAACAAGACUCCAAAUGGCAACGUCGAAGCAAAAGUUAUGUGUUUCUACCGAAGAAGGGACAUCUCCAGUUCACUUACCCUGCUUGCCGAUAAACACCAGAAUAUGCUUGAAGAUAGUGAAAUUGAAGCCAGGGUAGAAGAUGUAUCAGAAAAACAAAAACACCAAUUAAAACACAGAGAAUUGUUCUUAUCAAGACAAGUAGAAACUUUGCCAGCAACACAUAUUAGAGGAAAAUGUGUUGUCACUCUCUUAAAUGAAACAGAAUCACUGUUGACAUAUUUAAACAAAGAUGACACAUUUUUUUAUUCACUCGUCUAUGACCCUUCACAAAGAACAUUGUUAGCAGAUAAAGGAGAGAUUAGAGUAGGAUCAAGGUUCCAGGCUGAAAGUUUACCAAGUGUACUGCCAGAAGGAGAAGACGAUUGCAGAAAAAUGGAAGAAUUGGAAGAACUGAUAUGGACACCUGAGCAUGGCCUGUCUGAUAGACAAGUUGACCAGUUCCUCAUUAUAGCCAGGUCUGUGGGUACAUUUGCCAGAGCAUUAGAUUGUACAAGUACUGUUAGACAACCAAGUCUACACAUGAGUGCAGCUGCAGCUUCAAGAGAUAUUACACUGUUCCAUGCCAUGGAUACUCUACACAAGGCCACUUAUGACACAUCAAAAGGUGCUAAUAGUUUAGUACCCACUGGUGGUCCAGUUUUGUGCAGGGAUGAAAUGGAGGAAUGGUCUGCAUCAGAAGCAAAUCUUUUCGAAGAAGCUUUACAGAAAUAUGGCAAAGAUUUUAAUGAUAUAAGACAAGACUUUUUACCAUGGAAAUCUUUAAAGUGUAUAAUAGAGUAUUAUUACAUGUGGAAAACUACAGACAGAUAUGUUCAACAGAAAAGAAUCAAAGCAGCAGAAGCAGAAAGUAAAUUAAAGCAGGUCUACAUUCCAAACUAUAACAAACCUAACCCAGCAGCUAUUGAUGGUAAAACUAAUGGUUUGGAUGGCCAAGUGUCAGGCAGAGCAUGUGAAAGUUGUUAUGCUGCCCAUUCAAGUCAGUGGUACUCAUGGGGUCCAACACACAUGCAAUGCAGAUUGUGUUCUUCAUGUUGGAUUUACUGGAAAAAAUAUGGUGGUCUCAAAAUGCCUACUAGAUUAGACGGAGAGAGGCCAGCACCAACCCAAAGACAAGGUAUUGUUGCUCAAAGACAAGAACGAAUAGCACAGUUUAAUUCAAUGAGAAUGCAGAAGUGUACAAUAGCGGGAUGUGGGAAGGAAUUCCGGUUAAAGGCACACCUUGCCAGACAUCUUGCUACAGCUCACGGUUUGAUGGUCAGAUCUGGUAGUCCUCGACCAGUGAUGAAAACUCGAGCUGCAUUCUGUCUUGUAACGACUUCAUUAACUAGAAUCUCCAGACGGUUGUGUAAUGAUAUACUUAAUCCACGUAGGGCAGCAAGAUCUCCGUUCAUUCCUAUCAAUAUAGCAGCCAUCAAACAAGAAUGUCAGCUCAGAUUAGCUGAAGAGGGCAAAUAUGUACCACAGAUUCGGCCUAGGGGCAAGGCUACUCUAGAUCCAGUUGUAGCUAAAUUAGGAAUAGAUACCAGCAUGGAAAAACCAGCUCUGUUACUUAAAGGAGAAAAUGAUCACAAGAAACCUGAGCGGCUGGCUUUCCCUAGAAUUGCUUCACAACCCCAACAAUGGUUUAAUGAAAGGUACCAAGAAGCGAAGUUGAAUAGUGCAUCUAUGUCACCAUCUAUAAUGAAGAAACGGGGAUAUGAACAGACAAAUGGCAUAGACGGUCCACCAUCAAAGCGACCUAGCAUGGGUGUUAUCAGACAGAUUGGAUCUGUAAUGAGGCACGGCAUGAGGGGUAAUGUAAUGAAUCAUCAUAUGAAUGGGCGCGGUAGAAUGCAGAUGAUAAACUGGAUAGAUGCUCCAGAUGAUGUUUACUUUGUUGCUACUGAAGCUACCAGGAAAAUUAGAAGACAGGUAAAUCCACAUGAUUUCAAAAGAACCGCUAGAAACCCAUGGCGAUUGCUACCAAUAAAACCAUCGCUUCAUUCAGAUGUUGUGGUAUUAGACUGAGAGAUAUGUGUGUGUGUUCUGGGUGUUUCUAAUCAACGCAAUAACUUGUCAGCCAUCACAGUGGUACAAUUCUCUGGGAGAGGAAGGCCAAACUUGACUGAUCAAAAUUCUGAAACACAAAUAGACAGAAAAGAAACCAACGGAAUAGAAAACCAAACCAUAAAACCAUGUGUAAAAGAUAUCAUUAUUUUUGUACUUCAUUCUCUAACUCAGGAAGUGGACUUCAUACCAAGUUCUGAGCUUUCCUGACAAGCUAUCAUCUUUUGUUAUUUUGUAUGAUAUGAAAAAAGAAAUAUACAAAUGGAUAAUGGUAUUCAAUAUUUUUUUGUUUCUAAAACAUGCAUAUUCUUCACUUCUUUUUUCAUAAUAUGUCAUUUAGUUUUCAAAUUUCAAGUUUCGUGCAGCUAUUAGUCUUUGUUUAUGUAGCCAUUAUCAUAGUGUGAAUGUUUAGCAUUUAGCUCUUUAUUUUUAUUUUGUUUGUUAAUUUUGUUUAUUGUAGCCUCAUUUGAAUAUUACCAUGGUUAUAUGAAACUGUAGCAACAUGAACACACUUGACAAAAUUACAUUUUACGUACUCAUGAGAAUCAAAGAAUUGUUGUUGGUCAUGAUCAGGGAUGUUGUCAGCCUUUGGCUGUUGGUUAUUGUACAACUAAUAAUUAUUAGUGAUUGGUUGUUGGACAUAUUGAACCAUUUUCUAGUAUGUGUGUAGAACAUUUCAAUUAUUCAUUAAACUAUUGUCAUUUCAAUCAUUACAGAUAUCUGUUCACAGUUUUGAAAUCUAUCAGUGAUAUUCACUAUAACUCAAGAACAUUUCUUAAUCAUGAUUACUAGUCCAGGGUUGCUGUAAUCAUGAUUAUAAACAUGAUUAUUAUUAUCCAUUUGUAUAUUAAUGUGGUCUGUGACCUGGAUUAUAUGUACAGAUUUUUAUAGCAUUGACUGACUAUAUAUCUAACUUAUUGACUCAAUCAAGUUGAAUAAAAAUUAAAAAUCA